UUGGUUCCAAGUAUGUUCUAUUAAGUAUAUAAUUAAAAUAUUUUAGAUCUAUAAUAGAGGAUGUCCAAGUAAUUUUCAGGGUCUUGAACCUUCAUUACUAUUUUGUAUGAUCUAUUUAAGUGAAUACUUACUCUAAAUAAUUGUCCUCUAUAUCCAGUUUAAAUUGGGCCCAAGAUCAUUUAUUCCUAAAUGUUUCCUACCAAAAUAAUACAAUUAUUACAGAGUACUUAAUAUAGAAGAGGAUUAUGUACCAAUCAUCCAAUAAUUUUCAUUAGGAAGAAUGUGCAAUAUGUUUGACUUCAUUAAUUGAAGAUCCCUUUGAUUAAUAAGUGCCCACUGAUAAAUUAAUACUCAAAUAGGCUAUGUAAACUCCUUGUCAUCAUUGGUUCCAUCCAUCUUGUCUUCGCAGUUGGAUAAAUAUCAAAAUGUAAUGUCCUACUUGUCGUUCAGAAUUACCACCUCUAUUAGAAUGA